UUUUUCUCCUCCAGGGACUGAAGCGAGGGACAAGCGACUGCGACAGCACGCGCUUCCGAGCGAGCUCCAGGCGCCAUCGCAGCCGGCCGAGGCGCACAGCAGCCAGGCCCGGAAGGCCCGACAGCCGGGCCAGUAUGUGGGACCCGCAGGAGUUUGAACGCCACUGGCAGGCCGAGUUCCCUGGGGAGGAGACUCCAGUCAUGAAGUUGGAAUCGGUGCCGGACAUGGAGCGCGAGCUCGAGCGUUGCAAACUCAACCUGAAGCGGCUGCAACAGGUGUUGGCCGAGGAGAAGUUCAAAGUCUGGUACCUGCAGGCGGCCCUGGCUGGAGAGAAGAUGGAUCCACCGGGCGGGCGGCGGGAGGGCGGGGACGGCGGAGGCUGCGGCAGCGACACUGGGAGCAGGGGAGCCUUGGUGAAGGAGCAGGAGCCAGCCGGGCCCGUGCGCGCGCCGCCACCACCGCGCGACAAGGAGGGCGCAGCGGGUCGCGACCCAGAUUCCCCUGGCCCCGCGCACCCGGACUCGGAGGUGGCGACACCGGCGGAGCCAUCCCCCUACUUGUGCCUGGACCUUCCUGCCUGGCCCGGGGCGGUGGAGGGAGGGGGCGCCGUGCGCAGUCUGACCGCUGCCAUCCACCAGCAACUGGUGCAGCCUCGCCUGCUCUUCAGGCUCCGAGAGGACCGUGCGCCCCCCAGCCUAGAUGGCACGGGGUCCACUGUACCCGGAGAGGAGCGGCCCUCUGAGACCCAGGCAGGGCGGAGCUCGGAGGAAGGCGAACCGGACGCUUCGGGUGGGGAUGAUGGAGGCGACUGCAGUGACCACGACUUCGAGAUGGUGGAUUUGAAUGAGAAAUUCGUCCUCGGCCACCUACUUAUGGCCCCCUACCGGUUUGGGACCCGCGAUGAGGCAGAGAAGCCCGCGAGGCCCUGCAGUCCCCAUCGUUGGAUGCACCUGAUCUCCGGAGGCUGGCGGCACCACCGGCGGCGGAGUCGAGACCUGGAGCAGCUGGAGGCGGAGGAUGAGUCCCCCAGACGCGGGGCGCGGGAGCACCUUGCCCAGUGGGGGCGCAAGAGGUUCCUGCGUGUGCCGGACCGGGAUUCGCCCAGUCACAGCUCGCCUGAGAGAGGCAGUGACUGCAGCCACAACAGCUCUGACCACGAAGACGGCUUCUCCGUAGACUUCAGCUACGGUGCGGAGGACUACGACGCAGAGGGGCAUGAGGAGCAGAAGGGGCCCCCCGAGGGCUCGGAGACCAUGCCAUACAUCGACGAGUCGCCCACCAUGUCGCCCCAGCUCAGCACCCGCAGCCAGGGUGGUGGGGACAGCAUCUCACCCACCCCACCUGAGGGGUUGGCACCUGGGGUGGAGGCAGGGAAAGGCCUGGAGAUGAGGAAGCUCGUUCUCUCCGGGUUUCUGGCCAGUGAAGAGAUCUACAUUAACCAGCUGGAAGCUCUGUUACUGCCCAUGAAACCCCUGAAGGCCACAGCCACCACCUCCCAGCCUGUGCUCACCAUCCAGCAGAUUGAGACCAUCUUCUACAAGAUCCAGGACAUCUACGAGAUCCACAAGGAGUUCUACGACAACCUCUGCCCCAAGGUGCAGCAGUGGGACAGCCAGGUCACCAUGGGUCAUCUUUUCCAGAAACUGGCCAGCCAGCUUGGUGUAUACAAAGCAUUUGUGGAUAACUAUAAAGUCGCUCUGGAGACAGCUGAGAAGUGCAGCCAGUCCAACAACCAGUUCCAGAAGAUCUCUGAGGAACUCAAAGUGAAAGGGCCCAAGGACUCUAAGGACAGCCAUACAUCAGUCACCAUGGAAGCUCUGCUCUACAAACCUAUUGACCGAGUCACUCGGAGCACCCUGGUCCUGCACGAUCUGUUGAAGCACACACCUGUGGACCACCCAGACUACCCGCUACUUCAGGAUGCCCUCCGAAUCUCCCAGAAUUUCCUGUCUAGCAUUAAUGAGGACAUUGAUCCUCGCCGGACUGCAGUCACAACCCCCAAAGGAGAGACUCGGCAGCUAGUGAAGGACGGAUUCCUGGUGGAAAUGUCUGAGAGCUCCCGGAAGCUGCGGCACGUCUUUCUCUUCACAGAUGUCCUACUGUGUGCCAAGCUAAAGAAGACCUCUGCAGGAAAGCAUCAACAGUAUGACUGUAAGUGGUACAUCCCCCUGGCUGACUUAGUGUUCCCAUCCCCUGAGGAGUCAGACGCCAGUCCCCAGGUGCACCCCUUCCCCGACCACGAGCUAGAGGACAUGAAAAUGAAGAUCUCAGCCCUCAAGAGUGAGAUCCAGAAGGAGAAGGCCAACAAAGGACAGAGCCGAGCCAUUGAGCGCCUCAAAAAGAAGAUGUUUGAGAAUGAGUUCUUACUGCUGCUCAAUUCCCCGACGAUCCCAUUCCGGAUACACAAUCGGAAUGGAAAGAGUUACCUGUUUCUUCUAUCUUCUGACUAUGAGAGGUCGGAGUGGAGAGAAGCGAUUCAGAAGCUACAGAAGAAGGAUCUCCAGGCCUUUGUCCUGAGCUCUGUGGAGCUCCAGGUGCUCACGGGAUCCUGUUUCAAGCUUAGGACUGUGCACAACAUUCCUGUCACCAGCAAUAAAGAUGAUGAUGAGUCUCCAGGACUGUACGGCUUCCUUCAUGUCAUCGUCCACUCUGCCAAGGGCUUUAAACAGUCAGCCAAUCUUUACUGUACUCUGGAGGUGGAUUCCUUUGGCUAUUUUGUCAGCAAAGCCAAAACCAGGGUAUUUCGGGACACGACAGAACCCAAGUGGGAUGAGGAGUUUGAAAUUGAGCUGGAGGGUUCACAGUCCCUGAGGAUCCUGUGUUAUGAGAAGUGCUACGACAAGACCAAGGUCAACAAAGACAACAAUGAGAUUGUGGACAAGAUCAUGGGCAAGGGGCAGAUCCAGCUGGAUCCACAGACAGUGGAAAGCAAGAACUGGCAUACGGAUGUGAUUGAAAUGAAUGGGAUCAAAGUGGAAUUCUCCAUGAAAUUUACCAGCCGUGACAUGAGCCUGAAGAGGACCCCGUCCAAAAAGCAGACAGGCGUCUUCGGAGUGAAGAUCAGCGUGGUGACCAAGCGGGAGCGCUCCAAGGUGCCCUACAUCGUCCGGCAAUGCAUAGAAGAGGUGGAGAAAAGGGGCAUCGAGGAGGUUGGCAUCUACAGGAUAUCAGGGGUGGCCACGGACAUCCAGGCCCUGAAGGCUGUCUUUGAUGCCAAUAACAAGGACAUCCUACUGAUGCUGAGCGACAUGGACAUCAACGCCAUCGCUGGUACCCUCAAGCUCUACUUUCGGGAGCUGCCUGAGCCUCUCCUUACAGACCGACUUUACCCAGCCUUCAUGGAGGGCAUUGCCCUGUCAGACCCUGCUGCCAAGGAGAACUGCAUGAUGCACCUACUCCGCUCCCUGCCCGACCCCAACCUCAUCACCUUCCUUUUCCUGCUGGAACACUUGAAAAGGGUUGCUGACAAGGAGCCCAUCAACAAGAUGUCGCUUCACAACCUUGCCACGGUGUUUGGCCCCACGUUACUGAGACCCUCAGAAGUGGAGAGCAAAGCACAUCUCACAUCAGCUGCAGACAUCUGGUCCCAUGAUGUCAUGGCCCAGGUCCAGGUCCUCCUCUACUACCUGCAGCACCCCCCCAUUUCCUUCGCAGAACUGAAGCGGAACACACUGUACUUCUCCACAGACGUGUAGCCUGGGGUGGGCAGCUGUGGGGGUGGCCAGAGCCAGCCCUCCAGCCGGGGCCCAACAUAGACUUGAAAGACUGCAACAGAAACUCCCCAGCCUAGCACUCCAGAGUCCAAGGGAAGCCACCUUCCAAGAACUGGAACAUGUGCAUCUUUUGUGCCACCUUGUACAAAGCCAGCUGACCAGCCCCCACCUCCUCACCACACCCCAGCUCCUAUCUUCCAUACCUGAGUGUGUCUGAUGCUCCGUGCUGUCCAGGAAUUGUUUUAUGUAUAUUUGUCAUUGCAGAAAAGGUAGUGGCCGAGCUGGUGUGGGCACAGACAGCUUGCUUUGUUCUUUCAUUUCUCCCAACACUCACUUUCUGCCUGAGUCCAGUCCAAGGACUUUUACUUUGCACUGUGUAACUGCUGCCAGCUUUUCCUCUCCUGGCCCUACUCCCAGAUUGCAGCCUCCCUGCAGUGUCUGCCCUCUCCACCUCCCAGCCUGCUGCAUGCAUGUGCAGCAUGGGCUUUUGCUCCAUCACUGCAAAGUUCUGCAGGGGCCCUGGGCAGUGCUGGCCUGUGUGAUGUGCUGCCCUUGGCCUCCUUGCUCUCCACAUGUGGAAGCACAUCUGCUUUCCUUGCUGUCUGUGCAAAUGUUGAACAAGGAGACAGACACACACUAAUCCUCAGCACAGAGCUUGGAGAGCUCAUUUCUGGAAUGUUCUAUUUGAGAAUUGCCAUUUCUGGGGUUUGUCUGUUCUAUCUCCUGCCUACCAGUACGGCAUCUUCAACUGUUUUCUUCUAUUGCUGAAUUUUCUGUUCCUUUCCCCUGGUGUUCUGUUUUCUUUGAGUGUAAUGACCCACAAGUGUCCUGCCAUUGAGAGAAGUCAGGAUGGCAUCUGAAGGGUUUGGUGGGCACCAGGCUGUGAAGAAACAAGACGAGUGGAGGAGCCAGCAGUGGCAAGUCAAGGGAAGCCAGUCUUCACUGUAAGGACCUGCAGAGGCCUCCUAGUAUUCAGUCUCCUGGAGGGCAGCUUCUGUGGCUGAAUAAGGUGUCCAGGUGAAAACAGGCUCUGUCCUGGAACCUGGAACCACACAUACCUCGUGGUACUUUUGCCUUAGAUUUUACACUCUCAACAGCCAAGCACUGCCACGGGGCAGCCACAUCGCCAUGUAUGCUCCAGAGCCUAGGAACAGCAGAUAGAACCCAGUUGGAAUGCUUCUACCCUGGCUUCUAAAUUCAGGCCUGUGGGCAAUCCCAAGUAUACAAGGAAUUGUGGGGUAGGCUGCCUCUCUUGCGGAUGAAUUCUGCUGGGGCUACACAGCAGGUGCCAUUCCCAGCUCUGUGACCUGUGGCUUGGUACUAAAAAGGAGUUUUACUCCCAAAGCACUGUUUCCAGUCUGAGUAGGCGCUACCAGCCUGUGGCAAUUAGCAGGGAAAGAAAGGUGCUCCGGUCAUAGAGGCUUGAACUAACUACCAGACAGCUUCCUGUAUCUUCUGUAUGGUGGCAGAAUUCAUUCUUGGCCCUCAGGAUUGGGGAGACCAGCUCUCAUUGUGUGUGCUCAGGGCUAAGUCUAAACAAGGGUUUGCUGGCCCCCAAGCUGUUGUUUGCUAGGUGAGGUUAAGUUGGGCGCUUCUGGUCCUGUUCAUACCUAUUGCCUUUGACAGAACGGUACAGUUUGCUUAUGCGGGAGGAUGGAAUGCCAGCUUCCCAGCUGCCUACUAGCAGUUUAACAAGGAGCCUUGCUGUCUCAAACAGGUGAAAGAAAACGCCAUACGUGUAAAGAUUACAUCUGCCACUGUCUUGGCGCUCAGGUGCUGGCAUGUGGCGUUCUUGCUUCCAAAGGAUUGACAGUAACAAAUUGUCAAAGCUUGGCUGGAACUGGCUGCAGCUCAGCACAGUGCCUCCUGCCUCUUUAGAACAGAGGCAUAGGUUGCUCGGCAUCAGCUGCUGCAGCCCCAGCUUGCUUAGGCAGUGUAACAGCAGGGGAGCCGGAGGAGCUGACAACUAGUGAAAGUUCCUGUUAUUUAUAAAUUCCACCCAAAGUCUGGACAUAGGUUCACACCUGAACUGAGGUGCACCAAGGAAGUAUCUGGUGGUUCUUCUGAGACAGGGGCCGUGCAGCCCAGAACCCCCUCACUGCCAGCAGGGCACCAGGAUACAGGGUCCAGGAAUCCAGGUAUCCCUGUACUUGCUUGGGCAACAACUGAGGGCUGCCAGCUUUUGCUGAUGAGGUAGGAUGGAACUCCCAAUAAGUUGGUAUGGAUAUAUUUUUUUGUCUUUGUUCUGUUUAAACUUAUGUAGAUUAUUAUAAAUUGAUGUAAACCAUGUGAGAGGGAAAUGUUAAUAAAAAAAUUGCAAAGCCUCAACAUUUGCACAAAACUCA